CUCUCUCGCAUUCGCACACACGCGCGCGCCACUCUCGCCCAGGAGUAGGGAGCAGUUAGGAGGAGAGAAGCGCUGGGCGGCAGGAAGGCUGCUUGCUUUCAAACCAAGCCGGCAAACCUACUGUGGAGACCUGAUCAACGUGCCAGUUGUGAGAUGCCUGGACGGGAGGCUGAUUGCUCCUCCUGUGGCGACCUGAAGGUGUUGAGCUCCAGCUGAGGAUGGCAGGAGAAUCCCGAGUCCACAUGGACCACGACAUGGAGAUAGGAGUCACACCUGGGCAGGUGAAGAAGCUCCCCAAGCACCUUCGCGAGGCGCAGAUCUCCACCGAGCGCACCCACCUGAUCUCCGACCCCGUCAAGAAGCCGCGACAGCGCUACGUCCAGAAGGACGGCAAGUGCAACGUGCACCACGGCAACGUGCAGGAGACCUACCGCUACCUGAGCGACUUGUUCACCACGCUGGUGGACCUCCGCUGGCGUCUCAGCCUGUUCAUCUUCACCCUGGUCUACGUGGUCAACUGGCUGUUCUUCGGCCUGCUCUGGUGGCUCAUAGCCCUCAUCCGAGGGGACCUGUUCCAUGCCGACGAGGAGGGCUGGACGCCCUGCGUGGAGAACCUCAACAGCUUCGUGUCGGCGUUCCUCUUCUCCAUCGAGACGGAGACCACCAUCGGCUACGGCUACCGCGUCAUCACGGAGAAGUGUCCCGAGGGCAUCAUCCUGCUCCUCAUCCAGGCAAUCCUGGGCUCCAUCGUCAACGCCAUGAUGGUGGGCUGCAUGUUCGUCAAGAUCUCGCAGCCCAAGAACCGCGCCGAGACGCUCAUGUUCUCCCACAAGGCGGUGAUCUCGGUGCGGGACAGCAAGAUGUGCCUGAUGUUCCGCGUGGGGGACCUGAGGAACUCGCACAUCGUGGAGGCGUCGAUCCGAGCCAAGCUGAUUCGCUCGCAGCAGACCAAGGAGGGCGAGUUCAUCCCGCUCAACCAGACGGACAUCAACAUCGGCUUCGACACCGGCGACGACCGGCUCUUCCUGGUGUCGCCGCUCAUCAUCUCCCACGAGAUCAACGAGAAGAGCCCCUUCUGGGAGAUGUCGCAGGCGCAGAUCGAGAAGGAGGAGUUUGAGAUCGUGGUCAUCCUGGAGGGAAUGGUGGAAGCUACAGGGAUGACGUGUCAGGCGCGGAGCUCCUACCUGGACACGGAGGUCUUGUGGGGUUACCGCUUCACCCCUGUCCUCUCCCUGGAGAAGGGCUUCUACGAGGUGGACUACAACAACUUCCACGACAUCUAUGAGACCAACACGCCCUCGUGCAGCGCCAAGGAGAUGGCUGCCAAGCUGAAGGAAGGUCCACUGCUGCCCCAGCUGUCGCUGCUGACGCCCGAGCCCAAGGCCUACCCCACCACAGACCCCCUGGCGGGCCCAGGGCCCCUCUCCAGAGAGGCAGAGAAGGAGGGCGGCGUGGGGGGGGACGGGUGCGAGAGGGGGGAAACAAACGGCUCUGCCGCCGCUCUGGAGAACCAGCCGUGACGCAGACGUCCCCUGGACCGCCCCCCCACCCCCACCCCCACCCCCCCACCCCACCCCGCGUCCCACCUCCCUUUCCGCCAUCGUUGACCCAGAAAGAAAAACUGAACUGGGCUGAACUGAACUGAACCAAGCAGAAGACGCUUUGUUUUAAUCAGCGGCCAGCUUCUUCCAUUGCGUUGCUCGGAGAUCAAAGACACCCUCCUCCCCUUCUUCAUGCAAUACUAUGCCACUCUAGUGUCAAGCUAUAUGUAUAGGUUGGUUUUGUAGACACGCAUACACACAGUAAUAUGUACACACAUGCUCUAAAUUGGUCAGAUUGUCUUUUUAGAGUUGACCGCAUACUUACAGUAUCUGCCAUAUAAUAGAUAAAGUGAUAUUAUACUGUAACCCGUUUUGAAACAAUUAGCCACAAGAGAAUAAUCAAGGCUCCCAUGAAUGAGUAGCCUCAUUUUAGAGUGCGUCGAUUCAGCUCAUUUGGACCUAUAUUGAUUCCAUCGCUAAUAAGCCACCCUUGUUCUUUCUUUCAAACAUGAAAAUGGAUGAGUGAGUACCUUUCUCCAUCAGCAUUCUCUGCUGCUCCAGGGCAUGAAACAGGAAUUGAGGGAAUAUUUAGGCUGUGCUUUUGCCCCCAUUUACCUGUAGACGGGAAGGGACUGCAGAGAACCCGAGACACAGUAGACCUAACCCUGUCCUUCACCAUCAGCGACCAUCAAGCUCAUUUGCGAAAUCAUGGUCACAAUUAUACUGUCCCUCAUAAUUGAUGGUUUUGCGUGACAAAUCUUCUCCAAGAACUGGGUCUCCACUAUUUGACCGCUGUUUUUUAGUUUUUUGGACACAGAGGAGACAGACAGUAGCUCGUUUGAAUAUUUAUGGUGCAUAAUAAGCACAAGCUCUGCUAGAGUGUUGACUCCAACACAGCUUCCCACUCCUACUGGUUAAUGCAUAUUUGAGAACACCGUCGCUUAGAUAAGUAAAGACAAUGACAGGUAUCGAUGAUGUUCACUUUAAAGAGGUGAAUUCCUCCUUCCUGCCCACUGUGAUAUUUAUAUUAUUCCUCCUGUUCCUCGUAUUUCACCUUUGCUUGGUAUUCUUUUUUUGUCUAAAGUCAUAUGAUUCAAACAAUGAAAUGUUUAUUUUUCUUGGCACAGCAGUCACCCUUGCCGCUAUUUUGCCCCUGCUUGCAAGACUGUAUGAUCCAUGUCACUACUGUUUAGACAUUCCACACACCUGUCCUGUGACGCAUUGAACAGUUAUUUUGAGGAUGAAUAAGUGUGUGAGGGAGUGUGUGUGUGCGUGUAAAGAGGGGGGGUGAGUUUUUGUGUGUCUUUGUGUGUGCGGGUGUGCUUGCAUGUGUGCAUUAGUGUGUGUGUGUGUCAAAGCUUGCAUGUUAAAUAACCUUCCUCCCCAUCCUUAAGCAUUAAUAAAUAACAGGGUAUUUUUUUAGGCAUGAAAACUGCAAUGGGAGAUUUUUACAAAUAUACAGUACUGUAAAAAACAAGAUAGAUAAAAUAACUAAUCUCAUUCACUGAGACAUAAAUUGAACUUCAAUCCUUUUACACUUUUACUGAACGCCCCUUUUAUCACCUUUAUUUAUGAAUGUUUUUAAAAUUGAUCUGUGACAUUGUAGCAUCAUUAUCUUAUUCUAAAGCAUUUUUGUUAUUUGAGGAGCAGCCUCUCUCUCACCUGGCAUCACAUCUAUUUUCUGUGUUCUCAUGGGAAUAAACCUAACAUGGCCAAAACAACAACGUUUCUGCUAGAUAACUGUGUACGGCUGUGUGCACGUGUUUCUCUGGGAGGGAUUCUGUGUGUAUGGACACUGGUUUGCGUGCUUUCGUUGCUGUACAAGUAUUCAUUGUGCGUUUUGUGGGCGUGUGUGUGAGAGAGAGUGUGUGCGAAAGUAUUGACCGGAUUAACAUCCUAAUCAAGCCAGACUUAAAUGUCCUAAGUGUUUAAGAUCAUGUCCACCUCACUGACAGCAAGCACAACUAGGAGUGGAGGACAUUAACUUGUGCUUGAUAGCUCUUUGGGGUUUACCUGAGGUUCUGUAAAACAAUUGUGACUUUUACACAUGCUACCUGACAACAGGAUUAGAGGUGCAACGAAUCAUGAAAAACAGACUUACGCAACCAUUUAUAAUUGCUGUGGAAUGGCCUUGCCUGCUGAAUAGCUCCUGGCAAAGGGGUAACUCUCAGUCCCUACUGCUGGUGAAAACACUGAGAUAAAUUUAACAGAUUUGUUUGCAGGGCCGCUGUCUGUAAUAUCAGUCCACAUUGAGAUUGAGUAACAAUUUUUCUCUGUUGACUGCCAAGAAACGUAAUUGGUCGGUCUGUACUGAUCUCCGUAUCAAUGUGCUCAUACAAAAUGUCAAAGUGUACUGUAGAAGGGAAUGCCAAAUUUAGAACAAAAAUCGAGGUUUUAAGAUUUGUCCUCCUUUUCCCUGCAAAUAAUUCAAUUGUUGUUUGGGAUGACAAUUGUGUCUAACCUAAAGCAUCUUAGCAACCAGCGACUAAACAAUGUUCAUGAUUCAGCUUCUUAAACAGAUUGGGAGAUGUGUAAUGAUGCUAAUUGUUGUUUUUUCCGCCUGGCAACAGCCGAAAGACAGAUUAUGGAGCUGUCACACUUAUUAUCGGGGAUGAGAGAAGACAGCCAGCCAGAAAAAUCACUGUUGUAAUCACAUUCAUGUUCACAUUACUUCAAAGAUAAUACAAGCUAAAUUUGGUAACAGGCCAUUUUUCUUUUCUUCUUUUUCUUUCCUUUUUUUGACUGUCCUGUAAAAAUGUAGUAAAAUGACAGGUCAUAAUGAAAGUGACUAUUCUUGGAAUAGGCCAAUAUAGAACCUUUACU